AGCAACAACGAACCAAUUCUCUUCCGCAACCCUCUCGUCUCAAUUGACCAAAGCCCAGCAUGUGUGGAAUCUUUGCUUGUCACCAUCACCCCGAUGUGCAAAAGUUCAAGCCGACGGCUUUGCGCAUGGCGAAAGCCGUGCGCCAUCGUGGUCCCGAUUGGAGUGGAAACUUCGUCGAUGACAGUACCAUUCUUGCUCACGAGCGUCUGAGCAUUGUCGGCGUCGACUCUGGAGCUCAGCCCCUGGUCAACGAUGACGGCUCCCUCGCCCUGGCGGUCAACGGAGAGAUCUAUAACCAUCGUAUUCUGCGGAAAAGCCUGAAGACCCCAUACAACUUCAAGACACACUCGGACUGUGAAGUCAUCAUCCCUCUGUACAUGGAGCACGGUCUCGACGCACCCAAGCACCUCGAUGGUAUGUUCUCGUGGGUUCUGUAUGAUAAGAAGCAAGACCGUGUUAUUGCUGCGCGCGACCCAAUCGGUGUCACCAGCUUCUAUUAUGGAACAUCAUGGAAGACUCCUGGAGCCGUGUACUUCGCUUCGGAGCUGAAGUGUCUGCAUCCUGUCUGUGACAAGAUUCUUGCAUUCCCUCCGGGCCAUGUCUAUGACUCCAAGACCGGAGAGUUCACUCGGUAUUUCGAGCCCAAGUGGUGGGACCCCACCAACGUCCCUUCGACACCUCUGGAUCUGAAGUUGAUCCGGGAGACCCUUGAGAAGUCUGUGCGCAAGCGUCUGAUGGCCGAAGUUCCGUAUGGCGUGUUGCUCUCGGGUGGCUUGGAUUCCAGCUUGGUGGCUUCCAUUGCCCAGCGCGAAACCCUGCGUAUGCAGGAAGCGGCCAAGAGCGCUGCCGCCAGCCAGGCUCGCGAGUCGGAACUGGUCGGCAUUGAUGACUCUAACGAGCUUUCGACCGUGACCACCUUCCAGCAGCUGCACUCUUUCUCCAUUGGUCUCCCCGGUGCCCCGGAUACCAAGGCAGCUCUCGAGGUCGCCGAGUUCCUUGGAACCAAGCACCAUGCAUUCACCUUUGAGGUGCAAGAAGGCCUGGACGCGCUUUCCGAUGUUAUCUACCAUCUGGAAACCUAUGACGUGACGACUAUCCGUGCCUCCACCCCGAUGUACCUGCUUAGCCGCAAGAUCAAGGCCAUGGGCGUCAAGAUGGUUCUCAGUGGAGAGGGAAGCGACGAGAUCUUCGGCGGCUAUCUCUACUUCCACGCCGCCCCCAACCGGGAGGAAUUCCACAAGGAGACCGUGAGACGUGUGAAGAACCUGCACCUCGCGGAUUGCCUGAGAGCGAACAAGUCGACAUCCGCCUGGGGUCUGGAAGCCCGCGUGCCUUUCUUGGACAAGAAGUUCCUUGAGGUCUGCAUGGAUAUUGAACCCAAGGAGAAGAUGAUCACCAAGGAACGCAUCGAAAAGUACAUUCUGCGCAAGGCGUUUGACACCAGCGACGAGCCCGACGUGGAGCCUUACCUCCCCGACAAGAUCCUGUGGCGUCAGAAGGAGCAGUUCAGCGACGGUGUCGGCUACAGCUGGAUCGACGGACUCAAGGACAACGCCGAGCUUCACGUCACAGACGAGAUGAUGAAGAACCCCAAGCCCGAAUGGGGUACCGACAUCCCCGAUACCAAGGAGGCGUAUUGGUAUCGCUGCAUGUUCGAUGAGAUCUUCCCGCCUUACUGCGCGUCCACGGUGGAACGCUGGACACCGACAUGGUCGAAACAGACUGACCCUAGUGGAAGAGCUAUUGCAACCCACGUUGCCAAGUACGAAGGCACCGAGUAAUCAUGCAGUCAAUCGCCUUUCUGUUCUUGUCUCUCUCCUUUCUUUUUGGUUUAAAUUCGGAUCCUGCGCCAGUCAUACAGGAAAACUUGUUGGAUGCAUAGAAGAGCGGGAAAAAUCCUAUACCAUGUAUACUGCUAGAUCAUCAAAAUUAAAGGCACCAGCAACCAUUCCAUUUCUUCAUGCUUGUGUCGAUUUCCUCCUUGUUCAUAAUAGACGACAGGUCAGAAUUCUCGGCAUGCUGGAGAUGCUCCUACCUCUCUCUCUCCUCGGGACUGCCCCAUCUGCCAUAUUCCUGUUAUGUGGUAGACGCAGUCUCUUCCAUUCCGUUGCUAUGAAGUCCAAACUAUAGGUACUAAUAGGUACACAACCAUAAAGCAUGG